AUGAAGGAGUGCCCGAUUUGUUUUGAGGGCGACCUAGACGGUGACCAGUUUGGAUGCUUAGAAGUUUGCAGACAUGAGUUCCAUCUGAACUGUAUAAGAGAGUGGCACAAGUAUAGCAUCGACUUGAAGUGUCCCAUUUGUAGGACCGAAUCCAGCCACCUUAACGUCGGUGACGGCCAACACGCAGUCUCUGUAGAUUUGGAGAUGGGGUUUAUGAUCAAACAUGCUCUUGAGCAUGCAGAGGCCAGAACCACCGGCGGCGAGGAGGGAGAGGAAGAAGAGCAGGAAGAGCAGGAAGAGGAAGAAGAAGGGGAAAUGGGUAUCCUGAGUGAGAUGCUACAAGACGGCCUGGUCAUAGACGCCAUCAAGGUGAUACAGUGCGGCAUUUGCGGAGACACAGAUGCUGCUCGACUGAACCUGUACUGCCAAGACUGCGAAGCGAUAUACCACGAAACAUGUCUACGUGGACUGGCAUGCGAGGUGGGCGAACGCAAUGCAUGGCAUGAGUGCACCGAAUGUCGGUCCCACCAGCUGCUUGAGCUGCGCAUGGGGUGCGUCAGCGAGGACCAGGUSGCCAGUUAUGACUCGAGAGACUAUAUGAUAUUCGCCGGAGAGGUCCGGGACAAGCACAGCGUCCAGACAGAGCAGAUGUAUGACAGAAUACGACACGCCAAGCACAGCAUCCAGACGCACGUGCGGCGAGCAUUGGACCAGUACCCGCUGGCCCUGCCCAGGGACACCUACAAGAACAUCAAUCAGCACGUCUCCCGCAAGCUCUACCGCUUCUCUGACAACAAGUACCUGCCCAACCAGCACGACUACGACUCGUUGGCCCGCAACGCAGUCCACGCAGAGCUCUUCCCCCACUACCACGUCGAUAUAUAG